GAAUGCUUGAGAGAUAGCAAUGCCCAUAGCUGCAGACAUUUUCCUUGAUCGUCCUAUAUCAGGGGGGUUUUCACAGUGCGGGGGAGGCUCAUCAUUUUCAUAUAUACAUCUGCACAGUAACUUUAUUGCCAUUUGAACCUUGAGACUUGAACAGUUUGCAAGCUGACACACGUGUAGGGAUUUACUGAGCCGAAGAUCUUAAUGGAAGAUAAAACUCCCCUAUAUGGAGAAGAAGAUGCAUGUGAAAUUACAGAAUUAAAACUGUACUGGAAUAAAUGCUUGGAGUCAGAAAGGUGCGACGGCAUGGAACUCAACCCCGUAAUCAGACAACAGAUCCGCCAGAGUGUUGCUCCUCAGGAUGAAAAGCAAAGUUUGCCUUUUCCUAGACAGCAACUACUUAACCAAAGCACAUUAAGAAGUCAUAGGCACUUAUUGCAAACUAAAAAAUCAAACAGUGUAUCCAAAGAAGAAUAUGAACAUACAAUACAGAUCCUAGAAAAACAGCAAACAGAGUUGUUGAAGGUAAACAAGCAAUGGGAUCAUUAUUGCAGAUACAUAAAGGAGUCAUAUGAAAACAAGUCAAAGGAAGAGUUCAGUCUCGAACUACACAAAAUAAAAGAGGAAAACUAUAUACUGAAAAGGCAAAAUCAUGUUCUCAGGAAGCAGAAUGACAACUAUGAAAGUGAAGUGCAACGACUUAACUUGUGGGACGAAAAGCUUUUCCUAAGGAGAAAUGCAGCGUCUCAUGGUGGUGUCCUGGAAGGCAAAGCCAGGACGCAGAGAUGCCACAAGGAGAUCAAACAUAGGCACCGACAUAUGACAGAAGCUGGGAAACUUUUCUGGGUGCUGCUACAGGGGGCAGUGUAA